GGGUAUGAGAAUUCUUCACUGCAUCACAACAGUAAAUUAUUAAGUUAGGAGAAGGAAAUGCAAGAAGAGACUGUUAUGUAAUAGAUUAUGUCAUCAGCGUAUGCAUACAGAGAGCAGUUUCUUUAAAAGGAAGGGAAUGAAAUGGAAAUCUCUAGAGAAGUUACAAUCAACCGUUGUCACAGGAUCAGCAGCUUUGGGUGCUCUGAGGGACUUCAGCUGAAGGCCUAUGCCUGUUUCAUUCCAUGAUUUUGCUGGGAAGGGCAGAAGGGAAGACAUUGCCCUGAACAAGCCCUGCUCCACAGGACGUUGUUUCUGGGGAUAUGACUGGGGAUGCCUCUCCAACGAAAGCGUUCCGAUACCAAGAAACUCUGCUUUAUGGCCGAUACACAGACCGGAUAACAGAUAACAUUUCAGACAAGGAAGCAGCAAAACUGCUGAAGAAACAGGCCCAAAGGAACAAUGGAAGACCCCUGAAACGUGACAGUCAAGUACAGAUCAAAGAAGAGCACUAUUCCAAAUGUCAAGACUGUGCUAAACGCAUCCAGAAUUAUGUUACCAAGAAGCUUGGAGAGGACUGGAUUUUUUUGGUUCUGUUGGGUCUGGUCAUGGCGUUGGUGAGCUGGGGAGUGGAUUAUGCCAGUGCAAAGACCGUACAGGCCUACAAGUGGAUAUAUGGAGCGCUGCACCCCAAUGUCCCUCUGCAGUACGCCGUGUGGGUGGCAGUCCCACUCGGCCUCAUCCUCUUUGCGGCCAGUUUCUGCCACUUCGUGUCUCCACAGGCUGUUGGGUCUGGGAUCCCAGAGCUCAAGACCAUUAUGAGGGGAGUGGUCCUCAAGGAGUAUCUCACUCUCAAAGCUUUUGUGGCCAAAGUUGUGGCCCUCACAGCUGGGCUUGGAAGUGGCAUGCCUGUGGGAAAAGAGGGUCCUUUUGUGCAUAUUGCCAGUAUCUGUGCUGUGGUACUCAGCAAGUUCAUGUCGAUCUUCUGCGGGGUGUAUGAGCAUGCCCGUCUCUGGCUGCACUCCCUGUUCCAGAAUGUGCAUAGGCAGUUCGACCUCCUGGUGCCGGCUUGCGCAGUUGGAGUUGGAUGUUGCUUCAAGGCUCCUCUUGGAGGGGUCCUUUUCAGCAUCGAGGUCACCUCCACUUACUUUGCUGUGCGCAAUUACUGGAGAGGCUUCUUUGCAGCCACCUUCAGUGCCUUUGUGUUCCGAGUCCUGGCUGUCUGGAACAAGGAUGCAGUUACCAUCACAGCCCUGUUCAGAACAAACUUCCGCAUGGACUUCCCCUUUGAUCUGCAAGAGCUGCCAGCAUUUGCUAUAAUAGGCAUAUGUUCUGGAUUCCUUGGAGCCUUUUUUGUUUAUCUCAAUCGCCAAGUUGUCCUGGGCAUCCGACGUCAUAAAGCCCUGAGCCAGUUUCUCACUAAAUACCGACUGAUAUACCCUGCAGUUAUAACCUUCUGUAUAGCGUCUGUGACGUUUCCUCAUGGAUUUGGGCAGUUCAUGGCAGGAGAGCUGAUGCCACGGGAAGCCAUCAGCACUCUCUUUGAUAACUAUACCUGGAUCAAACACUCUGGGGACACCCAGAUCCUAGGGAAAUCUGCUGCCUGGAUCCAUCCUAAAGUCAGCGUCUUUGUCACCAUCCUGCUCUUCUUCCUUGUGAAGUUCUGCAUGGCUGUUAUUGCCACCACGAUGCCAAUCCCCUGUGGAGGCUUCAUGCCUGUUUUCGUACUAGGUGCUGCAUUUGGACGUCUCAUUGGGGAAAUCAUGGCAUCGCUUUUUCCCAAUGGGAUCCUCUUUGAUGACAUUCUCUACCAAAUCUUACCUGGAGGGUAUGCUGUCAUUGGUGCAGCAGCUUUGACAGGAGCGGUGAGCCACACUGUCUCCACCGCUGUCAUCUGCUUCGAGCUGACGGGUCAGAUCUCUCACAUCCUGCCCAUGAUGGUGGCUGUCAUUCUUGCCAACAUGGUGGCCCAGAGUUUGCAGCCCAGCCUCUAUGACAGCAUCAUCCAGGUGAAGAAGUUGCCCUACCUGCCAGACCUGGGCUGGAAUCACAUAAGCAAAUACAAUAUCUUUGUUGAGGACAUUAUGGUCCAAGAUGUGAAAUUUGUUUCCUCCAACUGUAAAUACCGAGACUUGCAAGAGGUACUCCAAAGCACCACAGUGAAAUCUUUGCCUUUGGUGGACUCGCCAGAGUCCAUGAUCCUCCUGGGGUCCGUGGAGCGGUCGGAACUGCAGGCUCUCCUCCAGACACACAUCAGCCCAGAGCGGCGACGGCUCCUCAACAGAGAAAUGCAGCAGAAGCUGAAUGAGGCACCCUAUGAUGGACCCUGGGCAAACUUGCCCAAGCUGAAGCAUGAAUCUUUUGCUUAUGUCGAUGAGGAUGAGGAUACAGAGGAGAAGGGAGAGCUGCCUCGGCCUCCAAGUCCCACUCCCAGUUACCCAGAGGAGCCAAAUGGCCCAACAAGUCCUCUUAAACAAAUGCCUGAAACCUUGGAGCCCCAGCAACAUUCAGGCAGUUUCAGGAGUCUGAGGAAACUGAUCCAGCAGCUCUUGUGCCAUUGCAGCCGUCCACAUGAAACAGAGAGCACCAUCCAGGAGCCAGUGGAAGUCAUUGAGACAAUGACACUAGAAGAGAUAGAUGCUUGGGAACAGGAGGAGCUGAACAAGAGCGUGUGCUUUGAUAGCUGCCGCGUAGAUCCCUCCCCUUUCCAACUGGUGGAGAGAACUUCCCUGCACAAGACACACACAUUGUUCUCACUGCUGGGCCUCAGCCAUGCCUACGUAACCAGCAUGGGGAAGCUGAGGGGAGUGCUGGCUUUGGAAGAGCUCCAGAAGGCAAUAGAGGGUUCCACCCGCUCUGGGGUUCGUCUCCGACCACCCCUUGCCAGCUUCCGUGACAUCAACCGGACUUCCACCAGCACCAAGGCGGGGCAGGGCGCUCAGGCAUGGAGCCGGGAAGACAAUGGCACGGUGGCAGCAGAGCAAGCAGCAAACCUGGGCACUGAGAGCCCUCUGCCCCCCUGCUCACACUCCCCCCAGCCCUCACACUCACAGGAAGAGGGGGAAGUCCCCAGCUCCACUUAUGCCACGGAUACUGAGCUGGAAGAGAUGGAGCUGACAGGGCGAGUUGCUGAAAACAUCUCAGACAUCCUCAAGGACAUAAACCUACAUACCACUGACCUGGAUGAAGAGGAAGAUGAGGAUGAGGAUGUUCCUUUAUAGCUGGUGUGAGGGUAGCAGUCCAUCACACUCUUCAGUGAGCCAGUCUUCUUGUGUUUGCUCCUCCAAGAGAAGCUUUUGGAUGCUCUUUGCAAUCCCCACAGAGGAAUUAUUCAGCUGGCAAGAGGGACAUCAGACUGAUCCUUUCUUCUGAUGCUUUCCCUCUGUGCAAACUGUUGGGCUGCUGGACUAUUAGGGCAUGUGCAGGUGUCAGAUGUGAACUGCAAGGAGCCUGAGUGCAAGCAGAGCACACUGUAACAGGACAUGGAUACUGCUGACACAGUCAGGACGCCCUGGCUCAAUCUGCCGUGUGGAAAGUGGAGGAGGAUCAGCUCUCACUCGCCACUGAUGCCAUCCUUCCAGCCACACCAGGCCUGCAGGCAGCAGUGUACCACAGCCAGACCUCCAACCUAGAAGCAUACUGCUGCUUCUGACUGCCACCCUGUCCAUGUCGCUGCAGCUCCUUUUCACUGGCUCUUACCUUGCACCCCCCCAAACAUUCCCACGUAGAACAUUUUUAUUCUUUCUCAAUUUUUACUCUGGGAUUUUCCUGGAUGGGGAUGCAGUUAGGAGCUUCUCCUCUGUCCCAUAGCUGAGCCAUGCCCUAAGAACAGAUAGGAGGAAAGUAUUUGGUGUCUCAUGUCUUGAAUUCAGCCAAGGCUUUAGAAAACACUGGAAGGGAAAAAAGCUUCUUUGUUUUCCCAUCAUCUCUGAAAUUUUAAAACAGAAUGGGAAAAUCUUAAGUGAGGGCAGCCUCAGUGCUGGGGGAAGAGGAGUAAAACAGCAUCUAUGUACCUAUAUUUCAAAUAACUUUUUGUCUCUCUGAAUCACUGUUCACAAUUUUCCACAGUUAUAGUCUUAAAAUAUAAGAACUCAAGAAAAAAAAUAAUUAUGGAGUAUUAGCAGGCUGCCAAGAAAUACAGCAGAGGGAAGACACAUUUUCUACACUUUGAAAACACAGUUUCUUUCUGAAAACUCCUGCUCUCUUUUCCUGGUAAUUCUACCCUGCCUCCUUUCCACAUUCAUCUGCAUACCUCAGAUCUGAGAAUUCCAGCUCUCACUUUUGCCAGCUUGUCUCUGUUGUGACUAACACAGAGACCUCAACCCUUGUCUGCAGCAUCCCUCUCUAUUCCAGUUCUGAAUCUGGAGCAGAUCUGCAUCUUGCAAAAAGAUGUCUUGUCAGUUCGUGUCAUGCAUGCAAAACCUUGACAUCCAAAGGUAAGAUGCUGCUUUGUUUAAUUCACUGCUCUUGUGAGGUUUUCUCAGUAAACAGGCAAAACCAAAUUCUGUGUAUUCUGCAGCUUCUUCUAACAGUCUACAUCUUUUUCUACCAUAUUUUUGGUGUCUCAUACCACUUAGAUGCAGUCCCAAGCAGCCUAUUAGAUGUGUUUCAACUUAUCAACAACAGAGAAGAAAUCCAGGCUCAGAAAAUACGUUCUUGGGGGUUAUCUCAUUCCCCUUCCUGAUAUUAGUAAACCAUUAUCUAUCUUAGAGUGAUCAGUUCUACUUUAACAUGUGAUUUUCCAUAAGCUGUCUCAGAAGCAAGUCAAAAAUAUCAUUACUUCUAACCCAGUCUCCAAAGGAAAAUUCCCUCCUGGCUUUAAUUCCAAGGAUUGACCUUGCACCAAUGGCUCUCUGAUGAUGUUUAUGGGUGGGAGAGUCUGUGACGAACUUACAGUAGAAGGAAAUCUUCCCCGCGAGUCUCUUGCAGAGAGACAAAUUUAUUCCUGCUGUCUGUAAUUCAGAGCCCCUCAGGUCUGUUGUGUUUCAGGCACAAGAUCACCCUUGAUAAGCUAACUGGGGACAGCCUUCCCUGGCUUAAUGGUGGUCUGUCCUCUGGGAGCCACCCUGUCCUUGUGAGGAGACAGUGGUGAUCUGAGGGCAAGUCCCUUGCACACAGCAGCUGCUUGGCUCCACCAGAGGGGCAUGUUUGUGUCUGCCAGGCAUCAGCACGGCCUCCCCUCUACCUUUGAGUCACCUUCCGCUGCCUGCAGGGAAGAGGCAAA